UUGUUUUUUUAUCUAUCGUUUGCCCAUACAUCGCUCUCUCUUUCCUUCUCGCUCUCUGAUAUCCACGCAAAUGGUACCAACAAAGCGCAGCCACAGAUUUUUCAAGUUCAGAAGCCCCAUCACUCAAACUCCCACAUUCUACACUCUGUAGAAAAAAACAUCCAAAACUGCCAUCGCGACGAAACAGGAAUUACCCUACCCAGGGUAGAACAUUGCCUAGAAAGUUCCCUGCACCUCACUUUAAGAGAAGAAAAAAAUCCCACGUCUCUCUUUCUCCUGUUACAUCAAUGUAUGCCCAGGACUUCGACUUCUCUCGUUUGGUUGUGACCAUGGCUUGGAUCAUGCUCCGGAUCGACUACUCUAGGCUCUUCUGGCUUCUCUUCGGCGUCUUCUCCUAUGAAAACCACGAAGGAAAGCCUCGGAUCUAGUGUUCGAUUGUGUUCAAAUUAAUAACAAACUCUACGAUCUCCAUUAGAUUUCCUAUUUUAUCGUUUUUUUUUUUUUUUUUCUUUUUCCUUUUCCGUUUUUUUUUUUUCCUGGGGGUGGGAAUGUUCAAAGGGCGGUUUGGCGGACGUGUUGAUGGCGGCGAGGAUGAUUAUGGAUACGUUGAAACUGAUCCAACGGGCCGGUAUGGACGAUUUGCAGAAGUUCUCGGAAAAGGUGCCACCAAGACUGUUUACAGAGCAUUUGAUGAGGUGCUGGGGAUGGAAGUUGCAUGGAACCAGGCCAAACUCAACGAUGUCUUCCGAUCGCCAGAGGGGUUAGAGCGACUGUAUUCUGAAGUCCAUUUACUCAGCACCCUCAAUCACGAUUCCAUCAUCCGAUUCUACACUUCUUGGAUCGAUGUCGAUAAGCGAUCAUUCAACUUCAUUACUGAAAUGUUUACUUCCGGCACUUUGAGAGAGUACAGACGCAGAUACAAUAGAGUGGAUAUCCGAGCCGUGAAGAACUGGGCCCGCCAAAUACUUCGUGGUCUUGUCUAUUUGCAUGGUCACGAUCCGCCGGUGAUUCACAGGGACCUCAAAUGCGACAACAUCUUUGUCAAUGGUCAUCUUGGAGAAGUCAAGAUCGGCGAUCUCGGCUUAGCUGCGAUUCUCCGUGGAUCGCAGGCGGCCCACAGUGUCAUUGGCACACCAGAAUUCAUGGCACCAGAACUCUACGAAGAAGAAUACAAUGAGCUGGUCGAUAUAUACUCCUUUGGAAUGUGCGUGCUAGAGAUGCUUACAUCCGAGUACCCAUAUAGCGAGUGUUCUAAUCCUGCACAAAUCUACAAGAAAGUGACGUCGGGAAAAUUGCCGGACGCAUUCUACCGACUUGGUGACUCAAACGCCAAACGAUUCAUCGGAAAAUGCCUUGAAAAUGCUUCAAAGAGAUUGCCAGCUAAGGAACUCCUACUCGAUCCGUUCCUAUCAAUUGAUGAUGGUGAAUUGUUGCCAAUCCUCAAGUGUGGGACACACAAGAUAAUACCCGAUGAUAUUAAACUAGGGGAGACAUUAUAUGGGACGUUGCAGAAUGUGGAUGUUUAUGAUCAAGAUGGAGCAAGGACCACGGACAUGACAAUCACAGGAAAGAUGAACCCAGAAGAUGAUACCAUCUUUCUCAAAGUACAGAUUGCUGAUAAAGAUGGUAAUGUUAAGAACAUAUACUUUCCCUUUGACAUCACAAGCGACACUCCAAUCGACGUCGCAACAGAGAUGGUUAAGGAGUUGGAGAUCGCUGAUCGUGAGCCGUUCGAAAUAGCUGAGGUGAUUGAUGAGGAGAUUUCAGCUCUGGUGCCCCACUGGAAGGAGUGGGACCAACCCCACGGCCACCAACACAUUAGCUUUAGCUACCAAGAUGAAGAUGAUGGGGCGCACCAACCCUGUUACUCCCCUUCCUCCCCUUCUUCUCAAGCUUCAUUCUUUGGUAUGCUCCCUUCACAAGGGCCCCACUACAGGUGUGGUGAUGAACUAUCUUACCAUUCUGAUUGGCAACAAGAUGAUUUGUUUGCUGAUGAUGACUCAAGCUCUCAAAGCUCCUUAUGUUCCGGCAAAUACUCAAACAUGAAUUACAACUCCGGCAGUGACGCCGACCAUGAUAUAAGCCCAAGAAGAACCGAAUGCCACUCAUUCGUUAAGAACCACAAGUCGUCGAGAUUUUGCCCAGACGAAAACCAAAAAGCAGCCCACCCGAUUAACUCUAAGUGUUGCAAGCAAUGCGAUUCGCCACAAUCUCGAAAUACUACAAGCAGUAGCAGCCACAGGACAAUUGGUAACCGUUGCUUGUCGAGAAUCCGUUCAAUGAUGGAUGUGCGUAGUCAAAUGUUGCACCGAUCACUUGUUGAGGAAAUGAACAAGCGACGAUUAUUCAAGACAGUUGGUGCUGUAGAGAACAUUGGAUUCCAGACGCCGUGUGGUUUCCCCAGCAAGGUUCCAAUUUCGAAAGUUCAUCGAGAUUGUAAAGGGAAUGGAUCUACAUGGGGAAGAUGGUGAAGUAUGAGGAAUCUCCAUGAAUGUGAGGUUCCAUGGUUGAAGUUCAAGAGUGGUUCUCUAAGUGUGCAUGGACUUGAUAAUGCAAUGUUAAUAUUAAUAUCAAUAUCUGUUGCAGGGUGUGUGAUAUGUAUUAGUAAUGUGUCAUAUAGAACCUAAUAGUGAUGUUUUUGAAAUACAAUAAAACGUUCUCGUGGGCGUUGUGAGAAACUAAACCCAACUUCUUUCUCAUAUGAUAUCGUAGGAAGAGUAUUAGACAGA